CGGGAUCUCACAACGCCUCGAUCCCCGUCUGAUAACACUCACACUUCCAUUUUCAACUCCAACGCGUUUUCAGACAUCUCUUCGGCUCUGUACCACCGCCAGCAUAUCUUCAACCGGGUUAAGAAGUACCUUGAACGAGCGAUCAGAAAAGUCAAAGGAAUAACACCACCACCCAACUCUAAGAUCAAGCUUUCUCGUCCUGAAAAGGCUAAAGGGCCCUCCUUGCAGUCACCAUUUAAUGACUUGCAUAACCAUCUUCGAGACUCGAAGACCAAUCUCCUGUUGGUGGCGGCAGUAACCAAUUUAGCAAUCGCGUAA